CAGGGUAGUGGAAUCACGCGCAAUGAUCUUCAGAAGCUUGUCGACGCAGGCUACAUGACGGUUGAGUCAGUCGCCUACUCGACUUCCAGUGCUCUGCUGAAGAUUAAGGGUCUGGGAGAAAGCAAGGUGCAGAAAAUGAAGGAUGCGGCUGCGAAACUGGUUCCGAUGGGCUUCACGACUGCCGCUGAAUACCACAAGCAACGACAGGAGAUCAUUCAAAUACACACGGGGAGUAAAGAGUUGGACAAGUUGCUAGGCGGCGGGUUCGAGACGGGCUCAAUCACUGAGAUGUUUGGAGAAUUUAGAACAGGCAAGUCUUCCCUCUCCCUUUGCACAUCCACCCUCUCAACUCUCUAUACCCAGCUAUGCCAUCAGCUGUGCGUCACCUGCCAGCUCCCCCUGGAGUCAGGAGGGGCGGAGGGAAAGGCUCUCUACAUCGACACGGAAGGAACCUUCCGACCUGACAGGCUCAUGGCGAUCGCCGAACGUUAUGGUCUCAAUGGCAAUGACGUGCUAGACAACGUGGCGUAUGCCCGAGCAUACAACAGUGAACACCAGACGCAGUUGCUGAUGCAGGCUGCCGCCAUGAUGGCCGAAUCUAGAUAUGCUCUUGUGAUCGUGGACAGUGCCACGGCUCUGUACAGGACAGACUAUGUGGGACGAGGAGAGCUGGCAGCAAGGCAGCAGCACCUCGCACUUUUCCUGCGUGCUCUGCAGAGGAUCGCCGAUGAGUUUGGAGUGGCAGUAGUGGUAACCAACCAGGUUGUUGCGCAAGUUGACGGCAUGUCGUUCAACCCUGACCCCAAGAAGCCGAUCGGAGGGAACAUCAUUGCACAUGCGUCAACCACCCGCUUGUACCUGAAGAAAGGAAAGGGUGAAGCCCGUGUCUGCAAGAUCUACGACUCGCCGAACUUGCCAGAAUCGGAAGCCCAAUAUGCUAUCCGAGAGGAUGGCAUCGGCGAUGUGAAAGAAUAG